AUGGAGCGGUUUUUACCGGCCUUGCAAUCAUGUCCCCCUAGCCAUUCACAUUGCACCUGUUACAGCGACUUUACCGAAAGGUGUCACGACAGAUUCCAGGAGGGCGACCUAUCUGGCAAUAAUGAGGCUAUUGAGCGUGGUCGAGCUGCACUGGUACUUUAUCCUCCCAGUCAUCCUGAUCGACCCAGGCCUCUCAACGUGUCCCUCAACCACCUUGGCGCUUAUCUCCAGCACAUAUUCACACAGGGGAGCGUCCUAUCUGUCCUUGAUGAGGCCAUUGAGCGCCAUCGGGCCGCACUGGCACUCCGUUCCCCCGGUUCUUCUUAUCAAUCUGCUUCUCGCAACAAUCUCGCCAACGGCCUUCUAGUCAUAUUCGAGCUGCAGGGCAUCCUGUUUGACCUUGAUGAGGCCAUUAAGCUCCAUCAGGCUGCACUGGCGCUUCUUCCCUCCGGCCAUUCUGAUCGACCUGGAUCUCUCACCAGCCUUGCCUCCAGCCUUGAAGCCAGGUUCGAGCAACGGGGUGUCAUGUCUGACCUUGAUGAGGCCAUCGAGCUCUAUCCAGCUGCACUGGUGCUCCGUCCCUCCGGUCAUUAUGAUCGAUCUGGUUCUCUCCUGAGCCUUGCGAGCACCAUUUACCAUAGAUUCAAGCGGCAGGGUCUAUCAUUAAACUUGAACGAGGCCUUU